UUGUUGUUCUUUACUUCUUUUUGACAAGAACUGAAUGUAGUUCCAAGAUGGCUUCGAAAAUAGACGCUAGUAUUUGUUAAGUUAAUUUUCUUUGACUUCAUAAUUUAUUUUUCAGUUAAUGACGUUAUUUCAACAUUUUAAACCUUCACGAUGAUGAUGCCGUUCUCAAAUGAGAAGCGGGCCCUGAAGAGGCCUCGCUUAGGUCCACCAGAUGUGUACCCUCAAGAACCCAAACAGAAAGAGGAUGAACUUACCACAUUGAAUGUGAAGCAGGGUUUCACUAUGAUGCCCCAGCACCCUGACGAAUUUGGAACUGCACGCAAUUGCAACAUUAUUGCCUCAAAGGUUGGAGCAUACUUCAAUGCCAUUCUUAGCAAAAAAGAAGAAAUAAAUACAUUUCCUGAUUCAGGGCGUAAGCGACAACAAAUUAAUCCCAAAGACAAUUUUUGGCCAGUCACACCUAGAUCUCGCGCUGCAAUUGAAGCAUGGUUCAAAGAUUUAGCUGGUAGUAAACCUCUCAUACAUUUAUCCAAGAAGGCUCCAAUUUUUAACAAAAAAGAAGAAAUUUUUAUGAUGUUAUGUGAUUACCAAGUACCUAUGUUGAGAGCAGCAUGGUUUAUAAAACUGAGUUCAGCUUAUACAGUGGCUGUUUCUGAGGCCAAAAUAAAGAAACGACAGCUUCCUGAUCCUAGUCAGGAAUGGACCACAACUUUAAUCAAAUUUAUGAAAGAUCAAUUAAUUAGAUUGCAAGAAUAUUAUCAACAGCCUGGUAGCAGUAGUCUUUCGUUGCUGCCAUCUCACUUGUCAAACUCAGCCUCUGCCUCUCCAAAUCCAAAUAGUGGUGCCAAUACUCCAAACCCGCCUACUGGAAAUAGCACACCUUCAUCAUUAAAUGGUGUCUCUGGAGUUCUUAAUAGUUCUUUAACAAAUUUAAGUGGAAGUACAAAUAUGGGACAACCAUCACCAGCUAUGUCAGAAAAUAAAUCUGUUUCUGAUCCACCUCCCAUGACAGAUUUGCAGAAAGUUGCCCAGCGGCAAUGGCACUAUUGUGUUCAGCUUGCCAAAUAUAUGUAUGAGGAGGGCCUUUUAGAAAGGCAGGAAUUUUUGCAGUGGAUUCUAGAGCUUCUUGAUCGACUGCGCUCAGCUCCAUCAGAUGAUGGCGUUCUUCGUCUGCUCAUGCCCCUUGCAUUACAGUACCUUGGUGAAUUUACAAAAUCAGAGUUGCUGGCUCGCAAGCUUGCAUACCUGUGUGGUAGAAAACUUGCCCAGCUUUGUGCUUCAACUGGGGGAACAUCUGCAAAUUCAGCAUCUGGCAGUUUAAAUUCCCUAGGAACACCAAGUGCAGGUUUAAACGGAGCCACUAACAGUAGUUCAGAACUCCAAUCAGCAUCACCUCUCCUCAACUCAGUCUCACCUCACAGUCCCAUGGUCAAUGGAAGUAACACUUUAAGCACAAGCUCAAGUGGAAAUGCUCCAAAAACCUCAAUUCAGAAUCCACUAUCAAAUCCAAUGGCCUCUACUUUCAGUGAAUUUCUCGCUUGUCCACAUCACAAAGAUGUUGUUUUGAGUUUGGGUUCUAUAAUUCAGGUAAUAACGCUGGAGUGUCCGUCAGCUUUGGUUUGGAAUAGCGUGGGGGAAGGAAAAUCCCCCUCUGUUUUAAAUGGUUCGCCCCUUGAUCAUCUGCCAUGUACACCAGCCCAGCUGCCAAUGCCCCGUCGAACAAGCAAUAACAUCAUGCGAAAUCAACUGCGUAUUGCUGAGGAGAAUAUAAGACACAGGAGUAUGGCUGCAGUUGGCCGGUGGUCCUGUGAUAAAUGGCAACAGUCAUCCGCCGGAGCUACUACCACAAGAGUUUUAAGCGCUCUGGAUGCAUUAGACAGGCAUAGUUUUGAGAAAGUUGAUGCUGUUAACUCGCUUGACACACUCUAUGCCAAGAUUUUCCAUCCACCAACUUCCAAAGAUGCUCCUAAAAGCUCACCCUCUAGCAACGCAUUGGUUUCUCAGCUCAGCAGUACCAAUGGCGGAAAUCACGAAACGAGAGAGGACCAAAUGGACUAUACUGUUCAGCAAGAUGAACCUAUUGUCAGUAUUCUCUGUGAGUGGGCAGUCAGUUGGCAGCGAUAUGGAGAGCAUCGUGCCGUGGCAGUCGCAAAACUUUUAGAGAAGAGACAGAGUGACCUUUUGGCUUCAAGUGAUGAGAGCAGCCCAAGUGAUGACAAGGAUUCUGUGACGUCGGCACCAACUGGACCGCCAAUAUUUCAGAGUCUUCUAAUGAAGUUUUUAGACAGAGAUGCCCCUAUCCUUGAUGAGAACCCAUCCCCUCAGAAUAGGACAACCUUCACAAACUUGGUUCAUCUUUUUUCCGAGCUUGUCCGUCAUGAUGUGUUCUCUCAUGAUGCUUACAUGUGUACCCUCAUCUCCAGAGGUGACCUUCUUAACAGCUGUUCUGGAAGGGAUGUUCCUGUAAGCUGUGCUCGGACUCCCCACCCCCACAGCAACAAGCCUGCUACUCCUGCGGAUUCAAAGGUCAACUCUGUUCAACCUAUGGAUGAUGAUGCAGGGAUGUUUGGCUCAUUGGAUAUGAAGCCACCCAAAAUGGAGGUUCAGGACCACGUGCGUGGCAUGGAAUACGAUGACAGCAAAAUUGAUGAUGACCUGGACAAGCUGCUUCAGCACAUCAAGGAGGAGCAACAAAACCGCAUAGAUGCCCCGGACUCUCCCAAAGAUGAAACUGGUGGCCCAGGAUCACUGGUAGUCACGGGCCUAGAUAGUAGUAGUGGGAAUGAUGACAGUAAACACAGGAGGCCCCGUCACUUACUAUACACCACCCAUUUUCCACUUCCUCAAGACGAGUUCAGCAGUCAUGACUGCAACCAGCGCCAUGUAUUGCUGUACGGGGUUGGAAGGGUGCGGGAUGAGGCCCGACAUGUAAUUAAGAAAAUGAGCAAAGAAAUAUGUAAACUUUUCAGCAAAAAGUUUAGCAUUGAUGUUGCAGAAGGUGGAAAGGUAAAGAAACAUUCCAGAAAUGAGUUCAACUUUGAAUCAGCCACUCAAAAAAUCCAAGCUUUGUCCCAUUUUGAUCAACAUGUUGUUACAUGGCAGUGUAGUCAGACAGUUAUUGAAAUGCUAAAUUCUUUUGCGAGUGGAAAUUCCAAUUAUUUGCCAGUGGCAGAGCAUGUAGCCUUCCUAUUUGAUCUGAUGGAACUGGCUUUAAACAUCUACGGGGUCAUUGAUGUUUCCAUUCAGAUCUUGAAAGAAAUUCCAGAGGUUGAGGCUCAACUAACUGCCAAAGGAUCAGUACUUGCUCGAACUUACAGCACUACCCUGAGUCUAUAUGUUGUUGGAGUUUUACGCCGUUACCACUGUUGUCUUUUAUUGUCUCCUGAGCAGACAAGUGCUGUAUUUGAAGGCCUCUGCAGAGUUGUGAAGCAUGUCACAAAUCCUGGAGAUUGCACAUCAGCUGAGCGCUGUAUUUUAGCUCACUUGUAUGAUCUUUAUUCAUCUUGUAGCAUGUUGAAACCAAAGCCGCAUUGUGUAGAGCCAUUUGGCAAUGCAUACCCAAAGAUAAAAGCAGCUUUAUACUCCGCUCUUUCUCCAUCUCCUUCAAACCAUUCAUGCAACACUCAGUUUAUGGCUGAUGUGCUGGCAAACCCCAAGAGAGGGAAAAUUGAACCAAUGUGGGCUCGGCAACUAGCAGAAACACCCACCAACCGUUACAGUUUUGUAUGCAAUGCUGUUGUUGCUGUUUGCCAUGAAACAGAUAAUGAUCGACUCAAUGAUAUUGCAAUUCUUUCUGCAGAGCUCACAGCCUGUUGUAAUGCGCUGUCUGCAGAAUGGCUAGGAGUGCUUAUGGCAUUGUGUUGCUCAUCAAACCACUCUUAUUUUGUCGACGUUCUUGCUCAGAUUGAUGUCAGAGACACAUCAAUCCACAAUUCUCUGGCAGUAUUUACCUCCAUUUUAAUAGCUAGACAUUGUUUUUCAUUAGGCGACUUUGUACGUCACAUAGCCUUGCCGUCCCUUGUGAAAGCUGGCAAUGAAGUAAGAGGUGAUUCUGAAGCCGCAGCAGGAGCUCGUCUAACUUGCCACUUACUACUGAGGCUGUUUAAAACUGUGGAGGGUCCUCAGCCUGCUUCAUAUUCUGUCGGGACAUCUCCUCCUCAUCCACUGCCAGGCACCAACACGGCAGGCAUUGCCUCCAGCAUCUGCCUAAGCUGUGAUCGCCACUUGCUGGCUGCUGCACAUAACAGCAUUCGAGUGGGACCUGUCCUUGCCGUCUUGAAGGCAAUUUUGGUGGUGGCAGAUGCAACAGCGUCACACACCAAGUCCCUAGCUCCUGUUGGACCUUUAGGUGGCAAGAAGUCAACCCCCUCUCCUGCCCCUGGCUCAAUUACACCAAACUCCAACAGUGGCAGUAGUAAAGGACCUCCUGGAGGACCUGGUGAAUUGAGCAUCAGCCACAUUUUGGGUACAAGUGACAUUCUUGGCGGAGGAGAUGACUUAAUGGACCUGGGAGGCUUGAACGGUGCCAGCGGACUUGGCGGAGGUGGCGUGGGUGGUCCCGAUAUGGCCAAUGUUGGACUCUCCGAAUUUGCUCAACAUGUCCUUCGAGAGAUAUGUAGUCAAGAGUGGGUACUGGAGCGCUGUCUUCAAAAUCCAGAGAAUCUCUGCCAUCAAGACCUUCUAUUAGAUAGCAUGCUGUCGCCGAAACAAGCUCAACGACUACUUCACAUGAUUUGCUAUCCAGCUACACCAGUUGGCAAGGAUGACAACUUGGAAGCUAAGACAAUCAUAACAAAUAUUUUGGAAAACCUAGAUCAGUGGACCUUGCGAAUGUCAUGGGUAGACAUGCAACUCAUGUUUGAGCAGUUCCGUCCCAAUUCUAGUGACCUGAAUCAAUGGCUUGAUAUGGUUGCAAAGGCUGUCAUUGAUGUAUUUCAGUUGACAUGUGCAGAAAAAGAGGAGAAAAGACCACCAAACAAGUCUGGAACUCCCAAAGAAAAGUCAAACACAAUGUGGCUUGUUGCUUUGCUUGUAUCCAAGUUACCUAGUGCAGUCCAGGGCCGCGUUCUAAGAGUUGCUGGACAAGUUUUGGAAAGCACUAAUUGGUGCAGCUCAAAAAGUAAGGACCGAGUUGGACGGGGCAAUGGUAAUUCCGGUCCACUGCUCAUGAGCCAUCAACCAUUCCUGAUGCUUGUCCUGACAUGCUUGAAGGGUCAGGAUGACCAACGAGAGGGCCUCCUCACAUCUCUUCAUUCUCAAUUGUCUCAAUACUUGGCUCUUCCUAAGGAUGAUAGGUUAAGUAACUUUGAAAAUCCAAAGAGCCGCAAUAUGAUGCAAGACGCUUUGCAGCUGAGGUUUAGCUUGCUUGGUGGAAUGUAUGAUACUAUUCAAAGAAACACUACUGUCACAACAGAUUGGGCUAUUCUACUUGUCCAGCUUGUUACAUAUGGAGUUAUAGACCUUAAUAAUAAUCCAGAACUUUUUAACACUGUGCUUGAUAUGUUAUCAACCUUAAUACAUUCCACUCUGGUGUCAGAUUCUCAGUCAGAAAAAACUGAAGAAAAUAGAAAACACUACCAAAAUUUAAUUAAAAAGUUAAAAAAGGAAAUUGGUGACAAAACAAGUCCAUCUAUUCAAUACUUGAGGCAGUUAUUGCCUCUACCUAAAGUAAGUUGUGAAGUUGUUUGUGCAGAACAAAUAGGAUGCCUCACUGACACCAAGGGAAAUAAAAUUACUGGAUUUGAUUCAAUUGACAAAAAACAGGGCCUUACUGUCAAGGAAAAGCAAAGGGUCAGUCCCUGGGAAAUUCUGGAAGGCCACAAAAACCCUGCACCCUUAUCAUGGUCAUGGUUUGGUGCUAUUCGUUUGGAGCGGAAACCUCUGUGGUUUGAAGAGAAUCAUCGUCUUCUCAAGUUUCACACUCACUCCAUGGUGCGCACUCCAGCUUACUACAUGGAACCCCCUCCUUUACCACCAGAAGACUUAGAACCACCUGUUGAAAAGCCAUGCUCGUGUGUUUACUGCAAUCAGAUGAAGGACGAGACGAUGAAGGCAGACACCCCCACCUCGACGGAGCCUUCCCCGCGCGGCAUGGGUCCGGGCGGCAUGGGCAUGCCGAAGAAGGUCAGGCAGCCCAGGAACAAGAGGCCCAAGAAGGCGACGGGACCCGCGGCGGCGGCCGCUGCCGCUGCGGCAGCUGCAGCAGCCCAGCAAGCAGGGGCGGCGCAGGGACCGGGCGGGGGCGGGCCGAUGGGGCCCGGGCCCGGACCUCACGGGGGCAUGGGACCCGUGCCGGGGGGUCCGAUGGGGCCUGGACCAGGCAUGGGACCGGGGCCUGGCCAAGGGCAAAUGCCAGGGGGUCCCAUGGGACCCGGACCGGGUCAAGGCAUGGGGCCCAUGUCCGGACCGGGGCCUGGGGGUCCCGGAGGUCCAAUGGGACCAGGAGGUCCUAUGCAGGGUCCGCAGGGAAUGCCAGGGGGCAUGCCCCCGCAAGUCCAGGGCCAGGGGCAGCACAUGAACUACCCGAAUCAGAACCAAGGUGCCAUGUUCGGCAACCAAGGACCUCAAUGGAGCUACCAACAACAGCAGCAGCAACAACAACAGCAGCAGCAACAACAGCAGCAACAGCAGCAACAACAGCAGCAGCAACAAAUGCAACAGCAACAACCACAGCAGCAACAGCAGCAGCCUAAUUACUAUGCUCAACAGCAAAUGCCUCCUCAAGUCCAAAGGUUUGAACGUCCGGUGAAUCAAUCAAAGCAAGCCUUGUCCAACAUGCUUCGGCAGCGAGCUCCUGCCAAUCAAUACAUGUCUUCCCAGCAACCAAUGGUCAACUUCCCUGGAAUGCAGCAGAGACCGCAGUUUGUUCGGCAACAAAUGCGGGGGCAACACCCGGGUCAGCCAGGUCUUCAGCCGGGAAUGCAGGGUCCAAAUCAACAGCAAAUGUUCCAGCAGCAGCAGCAACAACAACAGCAGCAGCAACAGCAACAACAGCCCCAGCAACAGCAGGGGCCGGGCGGACCAAUGUAUUCCAAUGUGCAAGGUGUGAACCAGAACUACCAAGGCUAUGGUGGACAGCAGAUGCCAGUCAGCCAGCCCAACUCCAUGGGCGGGCAGUACUCUGGCGGCCCCGGCAACAUGCCCGGCCAGUUCGGCCCCGGCCAAGGCGGACCUCAGGGCGGGCCUCAGGGCGGGCCUGGCGCCGUGGGCCAGGGCCCCGGAGGCGCCCAGGGUCCGGGAGUUGGGCCAGGAGGCCCAGGCCAGCAGGGGCGGCCGGACUACAUGGGCCAGGGCCCCGGCGUCGGUCCAGGUGGAGUGCCUGGAGGGGGUCCGGGAGGCCCGGGCGGCGUCCCAGGCGGCGGCCCCGGCCCGCAGAUGACACCCCAGCAGAGGAGCAUGAUGCAGCAGCAACAACAGCAGCAGCAGCAACAGCAAAACAUUCGGCCGCAGUACAUGCAGGGCGCUCCCAACGUGACAAUGACCGCCAUGGGCGGCGGCGUGGGGCCCGGGGGACCCAUCAACCAGCCGGGCAACAUGCCAGGCAACAUGCCCGGAAACAUGUCGGGCAACAUGCCGGGAAACAUGCAAGGCAACAUGCCGGGAAACAUGCCCUCGCAGCCGGCCCCGCCCUACAGCCGAGGCGCGGGCAGUGGCAAACCCAUCGGCCCGGGCAACAUGCCGGGCAACAUGCCAGGCAACAUGCCGGGCAACAUGCCAGGCAACAUGCCGGGAAACAUGCAAGGCAACAUGCCAGGCAACAUGCCGGGAAACAUGCCUGGCAACAUGCAAGGCAACAUGCAGGGAAACAUGCCUGGCAACAUGCCGGGCGUAGGGCCUGGCGUGGGGCCGGGUGGCGUGGGGCCGGGCAACAUGCCAGGCAACAUGCCAGGCAUGCAGCCGCAGAACGUCCAGCAAAUGCAGCAAAACCAGCAGACCCAGCAGCAGCAACAGUUCCAGCAACGGAUGCGGAUGAUGGCAUUGCAGCAACAACAGCAGCAGCAGCAACAACAACAGCAGCAACAGCAACACCAGUCUCAACAACAGCAGCAGAUGCAGCAACCACAACAGCAGCAGCAGAAUCAGAUGCAGACCCCGGCCCUUGUUGCCCAGCUGCAGAGGCAAAUGCAGUCACAGCAGGGAGGCCCUCAGCAGCAGCACAACCCUUACUCGCAUCAGCAACAGCCUUACUGAGCUGCAGCUGUACGUCAUACCGUAGGUUUGGGGUUCUUAGAUGUUUCUCACUUAUGUUACUUUCAGUUAUUGAAAGUAUCUUUUUCAUCUAUCAGGCAUUUCCAUCAUUUAUUUUUUCAUAUGAGUAAUAGCUUUUACAGAAUUUAUGGGACUGUGACUUGAACUCAUUAUCAUAUUAAUUAUGAAUACUGAAGCAUGUACUUGACAAAAGACUUGUAACUUCCCCUGGCUGUUUGUAAUGUGUAGGACUAAUAUGCAUGCUAGUGAGAUGGUUCAAGUCCAUGCAUAAUGGUGUGUUUUCCUUGUGAUGCAUUGGUCCAUGGUGUAUUCACCUUAUAUUUGUUAUCCUAUUUUGAGAACAAAAAGUGUUUGUAACAAAGUCUGAGUUUUUGUUUCCCUGGUUGGUAGCUAGAUUUUUGAGUGCUUGAUAAAUGCUUCCAUGAGAGGUGAGAAAGUAAGUUUGUUUUAUCAAUUCAAAUCCUGUGAUAUCAGACAGUGUAAGUGUAAAAUAGUUGCACUUGACUACUAUUUUAGAUCGUUUUAAGAAUAUUCGUUGUUAUUUCAAUUACUGUUAUUAAUUAGCAUAUUGAAAUUUGUUUGGUAUUCUGGCAAUUUAUAAAUCUUGUGUCGGAUGGGUCGGAUGCCAGUAUUGAAUUAAAUCCAGCUUAUUGUUGAUGUGUUAAGAAACGAAAGGUCUUGUCAAAUGUUUUAAGUUAUUCUUAAUUUUUAUUUAUGGAAGAAAGGUCAGUGUGGAUGUAUUACUGUUUUAAUUUUGACCCAGUUCCUAUAUAGAAACUUUGUCUUACAAACUUGAAAAAUAUUUUAUAUUGGCAAAUAAUUGAUUUUUGUAGAUCAAUGUGAAGAAUCAAGAUUGUGGUCUGAUCAGUUGCUCCUAUGUCGCAGAUCAGGAUGCUUAAAGAACUGUUUAUCUCAUCUUGUAGAAAAUUGUAUUGUAUUGAGUACUUCGUAUUAGGAAAAUGUGGUAGUGUAAUGAAAUGAACAUUAUUGAUUUAAAUUGAAGGUCUUUAGUGGUACAAGUGUAUUACUCUGUAAGUAAUAAUAUCAGAAUUUUUUUUUUGAAUUAGUCAAAUGUGACCAUGUACUUUAUAAAAGAAAUUGAGCCCUGUAAGGUUCAUAGACAAAAUUUUGUAUGCGUAUCUUUACAGUUUUGUGUGAAUGAACCAAGACUGCUGUAACAGUGAUUCAACAGUACAUUUUUUAUGUUUAUUCAAUUACUGAGUGAUUAAAAUUGUUUUUCACAUUGAA